ACACCGACGGUUUUAUGUGUUAAAUGUUAAUUGAGCAUAAUUUAGAAGUGUUUAAACGUUUAAUUACUCGCUAUAAUAGUGCCAUAAAAGUUACAAGUUCGUUGUAUCUAAAUUUGGAGACAUUUCAAUUUACCUACAAGGCAUAGUUUGUUUUGUUGUUCACCGAAACAACUUCAGUUGUGUUUAUCGUGGUUUAUUUGUUUUUUGUUUAAUAAUGAGCGACUUGCUAUCAGCCGAAAUUAUAGCCACAUGCGAUGCUCUCGGUUAUUUUGACCAUAAAUCGAACAAAUACUAUGCAGAUUCCAAUACUCUCGAGACAGUAAAGGACUUGAUAAGAUUCUUGAGGCGAGACGACGAAAAUCAUGAUGUACGCAGGCAGCUGGGUGAGACAAAAGUUUUACAAACAGAUUUACUGCCGCUGCUCAAGAGUUAUUGGGAGGAAACUGACCUAUUUGAUGUCCUCUUAAGAUUGAUUGUUAACUUGACCACACCUGCUCUGAUUUUGUGGAACGAGGAGCUCCCUACGGAGAAAACUGUGAGGAAUCAUUAUCUGCAAAUAGAGGAACAUCUUCAGUCGUACAAGGAGGCAUUCGCUGAUGAAGGUGUCUGGGCUGUUCUGAGCACAAGAUUGAGCAAAAUACUCGAAAUUGACUACGUCGAAAGGGGGGACGAGAAUAGUUUGAUCAUAGAGAGAAUAUUAAUUCUCAUAAGGAACGUCCUGUACGUGCCAGCUGACUCCAUGGAAAAAAGACCGGACAACGACGCGAGCGUUCACGACCAGGUACUUUGGGCUCUGCACCAAUCUGGAAUGUUGGACAUAAUGCUCUACAUCACCAGUUCCUCCAACGAGCAGGCCUACUACAUGCACAUCUUGGAGAUCCUCUCCUUCAUGCUGAGGGAGCAAAGAGCCACAGAACUGGCCGGAGCCGCCUUGCAACGAAGCGAAAUUGAAAAAGUUCGGGAUGAGGCUGAGCUGCUGGCCAUAAGGCUCAGGGAAAAUAACCAGAAGCAGAAGAAGGUGAAAAUGUUUAGUGGAACCAGGCAUUCCAGGUUCGGCGGCACAUUCGUCGUACAGUCGAUGAAGUCCAUUAGCGACAACGAUCUGAUCUACCACAAGCCGCUGAAUAAACUGGACGCGCUGGACUUCGACGUCGACAAAAAGAAACCGAAGACGCCGAAAAACCGGCUGCCGAUAGUGAGCAGCACGUCGGAGCGGCGCUCCGCGUUCACCAUCAGGCUUUUCCUGAAAGAGUUCUGCGUUGAAUUUUUAAACGGCGCCUACAACACGCUAAUGUACCACGCCAAGGACAAUUUGGCGAGGGCGAAGGCCCAAGCGCACGACGAAUCCUAUUAUUUAUGGGCUCUUAGGUUUUUCAUGGAAUUUAAUAGAUGCUAUAAAUUUGAAGUUAAAUUAGUUAGCGAAACAAUGUCAGUGCAGGCGUUCCACUACGUGCAGCAAUUGAGCGAGAACUAUUUCGACCUGAUGCAGACGGACAAAAGCAAGCUGCGGCUGUGGUCGCGGCGGCUCCAUCUGGCCCUAUUAGCAUACCGAGAGCUGUUCCUCACCCUGAACGCCAUGGAUCGCUCCCCCGACGGGACGGUCCGCGACUCCUCCAAAGUAAUAAAGAGCAACAUCUUCUACGUACCCGAAUACAGGGAGUUCGUGCUGACGCUGCUCGUCACCUACGACGAGCUGAAGAUGUCCGACUCGUAUCUCAGCGACCUGAUCGAGACCCAGCACGUCUUCCUCAAGAUGUUCGAGGCUUUUUGCGGCGGCAGGGAGGGGUCCCUCGUAGUCCAGAAAAAGACGAAAGGGAAAAAGCGCCGGAAUAAAAAAGCCCCGGCCAGUGUGCAGCCUGCGGAGACGUCGGCAACGGCGGCGAAUUUGAAUUUAGAGGGACGGUGGGAUGAGGCGGCUCCCCAGCUGUCCAUUGUUUUGGAGCGGGGGUCGGAUUUCACCGCAGACGCCGUGCCCUUUGAUGCGGCCUCGGACGUCCCCAUAGACGAACAGAAGGCAGAUGCAAUGAAAAACGUACAGAAGCGGUUGAGGAGCGGCCAGUUCGAGGGCGCAAUCGGUCUGUUGCGUGCUGCCAGGGAGGUCUGGCCUGAAAACGAUAGUUUCGGGAGCAAUAACAUGGCACCGGAGGAGGAAUUCCUGGCCUUGAGGGACAUCUUUUUUGCUGAUUUAGGCGAAAAUAACCCCAAUCCUGUUGCUCCUCAACAACAACUCGAAGAAAGUGAAGAAGAGGACUAUGAUGACGAUGAAGAAGAAGGUCCUCAGUACUCGGAAACAGAUUUUAAAUUUGAGGAUUUCACGAAAAGACUGCCCCAUCCAAAAAUAGUGCGAGCCUGCGGACUGGCAUUAGCGCGCUUCGAGACAAAUUCAGUGAACACGAACCACUGUAUCGUUAAAUUGCUGCACAGGAUCGCGUUCGACUGUAAAAUGUACGUCAUGGUGUUUCAAGUCAGUAUUUUUAGGUCCUUCCAGAGGAUAUUCCAAAUGAAGGAGUUGCCCCAGAACAAUGAGUUGGUGACGUUUGCAACUUACAUAAUCAGACAGUUUUUGAAAGUGGCCGAAACCAACAAAAUGGUUUUCAUGGAAGCACUAUUUUGGAAAUCGACCAGAGACGCGUAUGAAAUUGAACAGGGCUACGGCAGCUACCGCCAACCAUCCGCCGCUUCCUGGACAGAAGAUCAAGAGAACGAGUUGCGUCAAUUGAUGCUGGAAUACCGACAACGUCAACUAGAAGAGGACGUGGUCGGCUGGAUCGUUAAUAACCUCAUUGACAACACCAGGACGAGGCGGGCGGUAUUGGGAAAGCUCAAGGAAAUGUCCCUCCUUACCGACGACUACAAAGGCAAAAAGAAGUCCGGCACUAGGGUGGCGCAGCCCCAGAGCUGGGGCGCCGAGGAGGAGACGCAGCUGCGGGAGCUGUACGAGGAAUUCAAGGACGCCACCGACCCACUGGGCUGCAUUAUGCCCAGAUUGGAAAUAUCGAGACCAAAGAACAGGAUUAUCGAAAAGAUGCUAGUUAUGGGCCUGGUUCAGGAUAAAAAGGAACUUUGGAAGAAAAGGGUCAAAGGGCCGAAAUCUGGAAAGCCGAGAUCAAAAGCGCACCAGACACCUAGCGACGAAGACGACGACACCGGAAACAGCAGCUUAUCCGAGGACAAUUCCGAUCUCCCCCAAACGGCGUCGACGUCUACGGCGGGCGCGGCGCCUCGACGCGCCGCGAAUAAGAAUUCCACAACAACUUCCAGGAAAAAGUCGACCAAAAAGAAACAGCAAAACACUCACGUCCAAGCUUCCAAGGCUGAGUUAGUGAGGCAUCUUUUGAAUGCCAUGGAAACAGGUUUAGAAGAGGCCCUUGGUUGGUUCAAGGAGAGCCUGUCGGAUGCAAUCGAAGACUUCGAGGACGGAAGCAACGAGGGGAUCCCGUUAGUUCCAAUAAUGGACUAUGCGGAAGCCGCUAUGGAGAACGUCGAAUUUCAGCGGAUGCUGAAAGCGUUUGGCAUAUGUCAACCUUUUGACGAACAGGAAGCUUAUUGGCGUAUUCCUGGGCAUCUCACAGCAUCCACCCUCAACAGCUACUGCACCUUACUUCAAGAAGCGCUGGAUAAAACUCUCACACUCGAAGAGGAUACUGAAGCGAAUACAAAUCAGAACGACGAAUCUGACGACGAUGAAGAUAUAUUUGAUAAGUUAAGGGGAAUGACGCAACCGCCAAGAAAUGAGGAAUCCACUAUUGAUGAUGCAUUUGACAAAUUGAAAAAGAGUAGAUCCAAAACCAGAGAAAUUGUGAGACAACCACAAAACGACGAUUCUAGCGACGAUGAUUCCAUUUUCGAUAAACUAAGAAACAGUCAUCCUCAGAAAAAUGCUGGUGCUUCCAAUGAAAAUGUCGAAAUUGAAACUACAAGUACAAAAAAUAAAAAUAAUUCUGACACUGAAGCAGCUGAAACUAGUUUUCAGAAAAAUAAAGCUAGAAGAAUAAUGGACAGCGAUGAAGAAGACGAAAACGCCGAAUUCGGAACUGCGGAUAUAGAAAAUGAAGAAAAUAAAUCCCAUUCUGAAACAGCUGAUACUAGUUUCCAGAAAAGGAAAACUAGAAGGAUAAUGGACAGUGAUGAUGAAGACGAAGAUGCGGAUAUGAACGAGCAAGUGGAAGAAACUGAUAUUGAAAGUAAUACAAAUGUUAGUACAGGUAGAAAUAUAAUAGAAAGCGACAGUGAAGAGGAAAAUAAAUCCCAUUCUGAAACAGCUGAUACUAGUUUCCAGAAAAGGAAAACUAGAAGGAUAAUGGAUAGUGAUGAAGAAGACGAAGAUGCGGAUAUGAACGAGCAAGUGGAAGAUGCAGAUAUGAACGAGCAAGUGGAAGAAACUGAUAUUGAAAGUAAUACAAAUGUUAGUAGAGGUAGAAAUAUAAUAGAAAGCGACAGUGAAGAGGAAGGUGAUAAUAGUGCCAACACAGAGGCAGGCCAAGGUGAUGGAAAAAGACUUAGAUCUGCUUCUAAUUCAGAUUCGGAGAAACCUACUGGUAAAAGAAGCAGAGUGAUGGAAAGCGAUGAUGAUGAAUAAAUGGCUGUCAGUUUAAGUUUAAGGAAAUUUAUAUAGGAUUGUUUUUUAAUAGAUUUUUCUAGUAGCUUAGAUCUAUAUUUUUGUAUUUCAUUCAUUAUUUUGUCAA